CGGUUUCCUACCAACCGCUGAGCGUCAGGAGGAUGUGGGGGCGCGGAGCUGAGUGGCCCGGGACGGGAUAGGACUGGAGUGGACGGGUCCCAGGACCCGGGUGAGGGUUCCCUACCAAGCCUUCAGUAGGGGUCAAGACGCGGGCACCUGCGCCAAAGGGGAGCAAAGCCGGGCUCGGCCCGAAGCCCCCAGGACCUCCAUCUCCCAAUGUCGGAGGAAUCCGACACGUGACGGUCGGCCCGCCGUCUCAGACUAGAGGAGCCCUGCAAGCGCCAUGGCUCGGGAGAAGCCACCCUGUCUUCCCUCCCUGCUGCUGCCUCUCCUGACGCUGCUGUUACCCCAGGCAGACACUCGGUCUUUCGUAGUGGAUCGGGAUAACGACAGGUUCCUCCUGGACGGGGUCCCGUUCCGCUACGUGUCUGGCAGCCUGCACUAUUUUCGGGUACCGCGGGUGCUUUGGGCAGACCGGCUUUUCAAGAUGCGAUUGAGCGGCCUUAACGCCGUACAGUUUUAUGUGCCCUGGAACUACCAUGAGCCACAGCCUGGGGUCUAUAAUUUUAAUGGCAGUCGGGACCUCAUUGCCUUUCUGAAUGAGGCAGCUAUAGCGGACCUGUUGGUCAUACUGAGACCAGGACCUUACAUCUGUGCAGAAUGGGAGAUGGGGGGUCUCCCAUCUUGGUUGCUUCGAAACCCUAAAAUUCAUCUGAGAAGCUCAGAUCCAGACUUCCUUGCUGCAGUGGACUCCUGGUUCAAAGUUUUGCUGCCCAAGAUAUAUCCAUGGCUGUACCACAAUGGAGGCAACAUCAUUAGCAUUCAGGUGGAGAAUGAAUAUGGUAGCUACAAGGCUUGCGACUUCAGCUACAUGAGACACCUCGCUGGGCUCUUCCGUGCGCUACUAGGAGACAAGAUCUUGCUCUUCACCACAGACGGGCCUCAAGGACUCAAAUGUGGCUCCCUCCAGGGACUCUAUACCACUAUAGACUUUGGCCCAGCUGACAACAUGACCAAAAUUUUUACCCUGCUUCGGAAAUAUGAACCCCAUGGGCCAUUGGUGAAUUCUGAGUACUACACAGGCUGGUUGGAUUACUGGGGCCAGAAUCACUCCACACGGUCUAUCCUAUCUGUAACCAAAGGACUGGAGAAUAUGCUCAAGUUGGGAGCCAGUGUGAACAUGUACAUGUUCCAUGGAGGUACCAACUUCGGAUACUGGAAUGGUGCUGAUGAGAAGGGACGCUUCCUUCCGAUUACUACCAGCUAUGACUACGAUGCACCCAUAUCUGAAGCAGGGGACCCCACACCUAAGUUUUUUGCUCUUCGAAAUGUCAUCAGCAAGUUUCAGAAAGUUCCCUUGGGACCUUUACCUCCUCCCAGCUCCAAGAUGAUGCUCGGACCUUUGACUCUGCACCUGGAUGGGGAUUUGCUGGAUUUCCUAGACUUCCUAUGCCCCCAUGGGCCCAUCCGUUCAAUCUUGCCAAUGACCUUUGAGGCUGUCAAGCAGGACCAUGGCUUUAUGUUGUACCGGACCUAUCUCACCCAAACCAUUUUUGAGCCAACACCAUUCUGGGUGCCAAACAAUGGAGUCCAUGACCGUGCCUAUGUGAUGGUGGAUGGGGUGUUCCAGGGUGUUUUGGAACGAAAUAUGAGACACAAACUACUUUUGACGGGGAAACUGGGAGCCAAAUUGGAUAUCUUGCUGGAAAACAUGGGGAGGCUCAGUUUUGGGUCUAACAGCAGUGACUUCAAGGGUGUAUUAGAGCCACCAAUUCUAGGACAGACAAUCCUUACGCAGUGGAUGAUGUUUCCUCUGAAAAUUGAUAACUUUGUGAAGUGGUGGUUUCCCCUCCAGUUGCCGAAAACAUCACGACCUCAAUUUCCCUCUGGCCCCACCUUCUACUCCACAACAUUUCCAAUUUUAGGCUUAGUCGGGGACACAUUUCUGUAUCUACCUGGAUGGACCAAGGGCCAAGUCUGGAUCAAUGGGUUUAACUUGGGCCGGUACUGGACAAAGCAGGGGCCACAACAGACCCUCUACGUGCCAAGACCCCUGCUGUUUUCUAGCGGAAUCCUCAACAUAAUCAUAUUGCUGGAGCUAGAAAAAGUGCCUCCCCAGCCCGAAGUCCAAUUUUUGGAUAAGCCUAUCCUCAACAGCAGCAUACAUAAGACAUAUAUCGAUUCCCCUGAACCAAUGGUGUUAAGUGGGCACUGAAAGAAAGGUAACCCUUGAACCUGGGACAUAGAGUGGGCAGGAUCCCUCGGUGCUGGCCAUGGUGACCAUAAGGAACCAAAGGCCAGAUGGCUCUGAAUGUAAGUACAAGUGCAGUUCCCUUGCCAAACUUUAUUGCGAUUAAAGUUCCAAAGACAGAACCAGUUCCCCACACCUCUGUGGCCCUGUUUUUGUCCUGGUUCCUGAGUGGCCCUCAACAUAAUCUUCCAAAUAUUCUCUGGUUUCAUGGGGAAGAAGAAACCUAGGACUGGUCUGAAUAUGCCCUCUCAGGGCCUAGAGUUGGCCCCAGGUGGAGCUGUAAGAGAUCAGGAAGAGGACCUCCCUGCCCGACAGCGAUGAUCUUGGAGGCAGCAUGUGGAGCAGAAAGAGAAGUCAAGGUAGUGAAAGGGAAUGAGGCCUUGGAGGGAUGCCCCACAACUCCAGCAGCGUCUGAACAAGAGAAAGAAAAAUAACUGGAUAGGUACUCCAGAAACUUUCCAAUUCAAGCUCUCCCCAUCCCUCCUGCCAUUUCUGUUUGUGCUCCAAAGCUUCCCAAAACAUCUCAAAUCCCCUCAACAGCCCUUCUGAAUACUGUGUAGGCGCUCAUUCCACUUGCCCAAAAUGGUCCCUACAACAUUAUAGCCCACCCACUCACUCACCCCCUGCUUCAUACCGAGCAUUGAUGAUUGCUGAGUCAGGGGUCGGAGGCAUAGGGGCUCCCAACUGGGCAACGACUCGGCGCUCUGCAGCCAGAGCUCUCUAAGGGAAGGAGAAGUUGUGAUAAGGACAAGGCCCCAGUGGCAAACAAGGUACCCAAGAAGUGACAGCUGCACACUGGAGAAGGGAUUAGGCCUCUAAGGAAGCACUGCUGUGGAAGAGAGACCCUCUAGCCUCACCUUCUCUCUGUCGCUGAGGGCGGCAAAUCGCCGCUGUUCAUCUUGCUCCUGCUCCUCCUGCUCCCGCUGCUUCCGCUGCUGUGCCUCCCGUUGCCGCCGGGCUGCCUUCUGCUCCCUUUUCCGUGCAGCCUGCCGUGCCUCCAUUUCUGGUGUUAGUGGCCCUGGCACCUGCAGGAUUUCCAGAAGGUAUCAGCUGACCUGAGCCUUGUUGUAAUCAUACGCAUCUGGAUUCUUCUCCAUGAACCUUCGGAACUCAUUGCGCGUUGAUUUGUCAACUGCAACAGUGUAAGGUGGCUGGGCCCGGAAGUCCCUAGAUGUGAAAACCCCCAAAAUGGGUUCAACUUAACCUACCUUUCCCGGCAUCACCCAACCAGACAAGAGGAAUUCUGUUAAGUAGCCAAUACCAACUUUAGCCUCCAGAUUAUCCUCUGUAUAUCCAAAAUGGCUAGGAUGGGGACCCUUACUUACCGCACAGUGGGGUCAGCACCUGCCUCCAGCAGCAGACGAACCACUGAGCCUCUUCCAGCUGCAGCGGCUGCAUGCAGGAGAGUAAAGCCACUGAAGCCCAAGGGGGCACUGAGCAGAGACAAAACUCCAGGGUCUACAGGGCUGGCAGCUAGCUGGUGCUUCAGCAUUCCAACAUCUCCAGCUCGGCAAGCAGCUAGAAGCACACCCCAGAGCUCUGGCUGAUCAGGGGCUUUGGCCUCAUCCAGUGAAGGGCCCGAGGAGGCUGCAGCUGCCUGGACUGACUGUGAGCAGGGUUCAUCUUCUGAAGGUUGCUGGAAGAGAGCCAUAUGUGCUCCAGCCUCCUUGCCUCGCCUUGUCUCCUUAUUCCUUUUCCUCCUCCUCCGCUUGGGCAAUACCUCAGACUCACAAAGAUCCGUGAUCCCCAGUGUCAACUCCAUUAGUUCCAGCUCUACCUGGAAGCCAUCCUCUCUCUCUGACCCUGAACCUAGGGAAAAAUCUGACAUGUGAGAUCUACCUAAGGAAUAAGCAGAGGGUGGAAGGAGGUGAGCUGCCUCAGAUGCAUAAGAAUGUCUAUAAAGAGAUAAUUCAGAUCAUUCUGAAAUGAAGUUAAGUGUUUUAAUUUUGCCACCCAAGAUAAAAUAGCACAUCAAGAGCUGAAUCAAUUAUAUCACAUGCUGAAAUGAGGCUCUCAGCCCAGACAAGGACAGGCCCAGAAGGAGAUAUUCAGGGACUUUUGUCCCUGGACUCUCCCUAUGAGCAACCUCAGGAUGGUGCAUAAUAUAAGAAAGCAUGGAAGAAGCCCUUAGCCAAAACCACAGCGUCCAGUAAGACAGACAGAGUCUGUCAGAUUCAUGCAACAUGUUCAACUAUCUACACAAUGCUAAGACUUUUCUAAGUACUGGGGAUACACCCAUGAACAAAACAGAUAAUAGAUUUGGAAAGGCCACUAAACUUGUCUCAGUAAUUGCUACAACAUACCCUAUUUUGUAAACAGACACUGGGGGUGUGUGGGUGUUGUGUAGGGGCCCAUCUAUAAAUAGGAAAAUGGGUCGGUUAUAAGAAUAGGGAAUUUGCCACUGCAUUUCCAGGACAGACAACCGGACAGAGUUGACAAUUGCCAGAUGGUACUCAAACCCUGUUUGGAAGAUUCCUCAUUCUGCCCUAGUGCCUCAUUUUCAUCACUGGAGACCUUUCUUUUUUCUUCCUCAGUAGCCUUCUUCCU